UUAUUAGAGAUAAUAUUCUUAGAUCUUAGCGUUAAUGUUACGCUAUUGCAGCUCAAAGUCUCUAUAAUUGAAUAGAUCCCCCCGAGUUUAGCAGCGAAUCGAGCAACAUACCAAUCUUUGUGCCGAACGUUUGGUUCUAAUCGACCACAGUGUUAGAGCGCGCGAGUGAGUGUGUGUGUGCGUAGAGGAAUCAUCCUAUUUCUUCACACAUCGCCGUCAGUGCGUGUGCAUAUAGUAGGCUUGUGUGUGGCCGCGAAAGAAUACGGCGCGAGAGGAAAAAAGAAAAAAAGUGAACCGUGAAAAAAGAUAGAUAACCUCGGUUUGGGCCUGAAAUUUGAGUGCGACCCCAACUGUUUAAGGCGCUUGGAGCGGAAACAUCACCAAAUUCCUCACUAAUCAGUGGCAUCAGUUGAAUUCCCGAAACUCGAAAUCGCAUCAAAAUGGUUGUCAAAGUGUACAUCAGCGGAAUGUCCGGCAGCAAAGAGGUGAAAAAACGGCAGCAACGGGUCACGAUGAUCAUGGACAGCAAGCACAUAGAGUACAGCAUCAUCGACAUCACAGAGCCGGGCCAGGAGGGGGAAAAGGAUUUCAUGCAAACGAAUGCCGCCCACAAAGGAUGCACGAUCAGCGAUCCGAACCCGCGGCACGCCUUGCCACCGCAGCUGUUCAACGACACCGAGUACUGUGGCGACUACGAUGACUUUGACCUGGCGAACGAGGUGGACAAUCUGGAGGUGUUCCUGAAGGUGGCGCCACCACCGGCGCCCGUCGAGACGACGGAGCACAAGAAUGGCGAAGCGGCGGCGGCGGCCGAUGACGAAAACAAAGAAAACAAGACUGAAGCCAACAAGGACGACAACGACGCUGCUGCCGAUGGCGAGGACGCCGCUGCCGGUGACGCCGUGGAUGGCCCGAACGAGGUACGUCAUGUGGCCCGUGGCGAUGGUACGAUGGAGGCCGACGGUAGCGACUCGGAGGAGCAGGAGAUGCUGCGCGCAUCGGCAGCAGCACUGGCCGGUCAGAGCGAGGAUGCGCAGGAGGAGAUCAUCGAGGUCGACGACGAGCCGCUGGAAGAAGCAGAGGUCCGGAGUUCCGAAGAAAUCUCCAGCAAGCUAAUCGAUACCGAUGAUCCUAUGUUGGCCGAGCAGGAGCAAGAAGAAUAGUAGCACUCAACCGAUCCAUCCAAUAAGUGCGUCGCCAUCGUCAUCUCAUCCACGGCGCACCGCGUCCCAGCAACACGAACCGUAAAACCAUCAUUGUUCAGGGCGCCAGUGAAAGAAACAGCUCCAAACGAGAGUAGCCACAGAAGUCCCGGGACGGAUUCCAGACAAGACAAUCCUAGAUCCUAGAGUGUUGGAAUAGACGAUUCGCCGGCAGCUAUGCAGGACAUCUUCAACUAUCAGAGGCUGUAGAACACACCCUCCCCCCCUAGUGAUAGAGGAAGGAUGCCCGAUGCGGAGUGCAUUCAAAAGCGGCAAACGAAACAGAAGCGCAAUGGCAUUUAUCGUUGCAAACCGUGCGGGGAUGCGAACUCGUCGCCGAAUCCGACCACCGCGAAAGGGAAACCGGAAACUAUCGACAUGUGGACAGUGAUCAUUCUUUAAGGAAAAUGCAAUUAAUAAAAAGGACUACAUAUUUUUAAAAAUCACCAUCUCGUACGUUUCGUAGCGGGCCCUCCGGGAGGUCAGUUUCU